CGUCAUUGUGAAGUUGAAUGUCURUUGUUGGCAACACUAUUAGCUCUCUACCAAACAACCAUGGGAGACAGUAGUAUUAUACAGAGUGAGGAAAAGACGACGACGAUAAUGAGACCCAAAACGACGAAAAAUAGUUGCGAUGCGAGUAGCAAAGCAAACUAUCUUUCGUUGUCAAAAUUGUUGUUGCGGUCUGCUGGUCUUGUUGCCAAUCAUUUUCUAUCCCAAACCAGUAUUGAUAGCACCAGUAWYAGCAUGAAACACAAGUGUACCCACGGAGCCGAUGCGAAUAAGUCUGACAGGCUUGCUUCCAACAUCAACGAGGAAAGAAUGGAGACUGUUUCGGAAGAAAGUAUAGACAAUAGCAUAGCGAACACCGUGAAUCCAGGUGUUCUUAAAUCGAAAGAAGAUCUUUCCUCUAURCUUCUCGAAAAUGAAAACGAGUGCGUAAAUCAUAAGAACUCGAAGAAUUACAGCAGCAGCAUCGAGGUUCCAUCACACUCUCUUCUAUCUUCUUCUAUAUCCGAGUCAUCUUAUAGCUCAUUGUACAUCAGCAUCCAUAACGACAAAAGAAACUUUGAAGACAAUGAUUCUGCUUCGGGAUCAUUCAGUGAUAGCAACAGCGACAGCGAUCCGGAGAAUAUGAUGAAGGAAUAUGACGAUGGUCUCGACAUCAACUUUUCUAUUGCUCGCAGCCGGAUUGCCGAUGACGCCGCAAACGAGGCACUCAAGCGUCUAGGAAAUUGUGAGUGCUGGACUCUGAUCAGUGUCGGGUGCGGYUCCAGUGCAGCCGACGCUAUCCACGAACGUGAUAGUCGGCCGAUUUGGCAACAAGGCUUGAACCAGAUCACGGACAGCCGUGCUCUGGCACCGUUCGGAGAAUGUGGUCUGCAAUUUUCCGUCACGAACGUUCCCAGAUGAACUGCAGCUGUUGGAUUUGCCAUACAGYAAGACCAAAAAUCCGGAGAGGAUCGCCAUGGUAAACAGCACCAAAAGUUCGAUUCGAACGGGUCCGAAGACGAGAGAGAURCUAUUUAUUCAGUGAAGAUUUCUGAUGAUGCAAUCGAAAGAUGCAAUGGGAAUGAGGGUGGCAGAUUCUGUGACGAUGAGGAUGUCAACUCAGUCGAAACCUUCGUAUCGUUGGCGACAGACGGUGCAAAUAAAGAGAUCUCCUAUGA